CCAAAAAUUACGCGCCCCAGAGGGAGUCGGCCCCCUGGUGUGUGGCGACGCGUUGGUUCUGUCGAAGGCAGACCCAGCGGUGGAAUACCCGGCGUGGCCAGCAGGCGUCCUUCGAUGCGAAGACCGAAGGAUAACCCUGUGGCUCGCCCGCGA